GUGCUCAAGCAGAGCGAGAAUGCGUACAAGAUCAUUCAGCCUCAGAGUCGCUUGGAGGAGCUUGAGAGAAGGGUUCGUGGCCUGCUGAACAAGAUUUGCCCGGACAACUUGAAGACCAUUGUGGAGACUUUGGCUCAGAUCCACUUGGAGAAGGCUGAGGAGCUGGAGUUCGUGAUCAAGAUCAUCUUCGGCAAAGCCUUGGUAGAGCCCCACUACUGUGAGACAUACGCAGACAUGGUCUUCGCCUUGCGCUCUCGGUACCCAGAGUUCCCAGCAGAGAAUGAAGGCGAGAAGCCGCACAGCUUCACGCGUGUGCUUCUGAACACGGUCCAGAACGAGUUCGAAAGCUUGCCGACCACCUUUGAGCCUACGGAUGAGGACCGCAAGAAGUACGAGUCGACCGAGGACCUGAACAUUGAGAUGAAGAAGCGCAAGGGCAAGAUGCUGGCCAACAUGAAGUUCAUUGGCAACCUCUUCCUCCGGCAGCUGUUGGCUGUGAAGGUGAUCGGUCAGGUGGUGCAUGAUCUCAUCGGCAUCAAGCAGGGCGACAAUCCAUUGCCAGAGGAGCACAUGAUCGAGUGUGUAUGCGAGCUGCUUCAGGCCAUCGGUUACACCCUGGACGAAACACAGCAGGGUGAGUCGCUCAUGAAUUCCUUCGCUGCGAGGCUGAAGGACUUGUCCGGGGUGCGCAACAAUGGCAAGCACGCCUACAGCAAGCGCGACCUGGCUACAAGCCAAAGCAUUUGGUUGCCUCAACAGCUGAUGGACAUAUUCCGGUAUGUCGAAGAUGUGGUCCUGGUGACAUCCCGUGACUGCGAUGGUGCGGCAGAGGUCGAGAAAGUUGGUGGUGACUACGAGCGUGGGUGGCUGCAGCAGUCGUGCUUGCGACCUCUUCCGGCACCGGUGAUCGCAGGAGUUUGCGCUUCUUGCAGGCGAGCGCUGACCCAGGAUGCCUUCACGCGUGGCGGCCGCAGGAAGUUGAGGGCAGGUUUGCCAACCGCUUGCGAGGCAUGUGCUGCGGAAGCUGUUGAAAGAAGACUCGCAUGGACUGCACGGUGCUGCCAAGCAGUGGAUAGCCUCAGUCGGGAUGGCCAGGGCUGGUACAUGAUGACCGCAGUGGUUGGCGCUUCCGUGGCAAUGGUGUACCUGCACAAGACCUCAUUGCAGGUUGCCAUUGGCUCGAUUAUUGUUGCAGCCUGCGUGAAACUGUGGCUGCUUCGUUGUCUGGGCGGAUUCGAGGGCGAGCCAUCCUUAGAGGAAAAGCCUCUCCUGCUGGUUGGUGAAGGAGCUGCAGGCUGGGAGCGCUGUGUUGACGACGCUUGGUGCAGAAGCUUCUCCAGUGUGCGGCGCUGUCCGUUUUCCGAUGACGACCUUUCCAGGUGGUGGCAAGCUGCGCUGGACCAGACGCCCUGGCAGCGGCCCGCUGUGCGUGGAGGCCGGCUGCUCCCACGAUCCGCAGCAUGGUUUGUCAAGAAGGGCUGUUCAUGCAGCUAUGAGUACAAUGCCACAGAAUGGCCCUCUGUUGAGUUCCCUGACUGGCUUCUGGAGGUUGAGCGGGCGGUUUGGGACACGCUGCGUCAAGGCAACAGUAAAGACAUCCCGGCGCCGAAUUCCUGCGUUGCGAACUUCUAUGAAGACGGCGCUCAAUCCGUGGAUUGGCAUGCCGAUAAUGAGCCCCUGUUCGAGGGACUGCUUCGUGACUGUUGCAUUGUGAGCCUUUCGCUUGGCGAGACCCGACGCUUCGAAUUACGGCGGCGGCGUGACUUGACCAACCCCAAAAAACACAUUGAAAGCGUUGUGCUUGAUCUUCACGACGGUGACAUCAUCACAAUGGAGGGCUGCUUUCAGAAACACUGGUUGCUUCUUAGGCCGGAACGACCGGCUGAUGCCACUGCGGAAAUGACUGGGAAGAAGCUCUUCAAGGAGCAGGCCAAGACGAAGAAUGCCGUCCGCGAGGAGGCUGAGCGAGAGCAGCGCAUGUUCUCCGUGCAGACCGUCGGUGUUCGACCCGCCUACAUGGAUGAGAUCGCCACGCAAAAGAAGCGGACGAAGGCAGCUGAUGGCGGCGUCCAGAAGCCGAAGUUCGACAAGGCGUAUGUCAAGAGGAUCUGCCAGUACUACGGCGAAGACCAGCAGGGUGACCAGCUGCAGGAAGAUUGGGCCAAAGCUCAGCCCUCUAAGGAAGAGACCAAGCAGGGUCUGGAAUGGCUGCUGGAAACCGGCUUCGACGAUCCGCAGAAGCAGGAUGUGACGUCACAGGUCAUCGUAGAGUUGGUGAGGCGACGCCUGAUCCCAUGGGACAUGCUCAAGGACAGCCUGUCCGCCCAGUUGGCCGACCUGCCAGACAAGCA